AUGGUAUAUAUCAGUGUAAUAUGGCAUCUGGCAAGCGUGGUUUCGGUUUUGGAAGAAAGUUAUGGCCUUAAUGCCAUGGCAAAAAGUCAGGCUCUUAUCAAGGGGAAAAUGGGAGUUUCUGUUGGUAUUUUUCUUGUAUUAGGUCUAUGCUUCUCAGGAAUUCAGAUGUUUUUCGAAAAUCGUUUAGUCAUUCGGAAGGGAGAAAUUGGACUUGUAAACAGAGUAGGGUAUGGAAGUUUAUGCCUAUUUUUGCUGUCAAUUUUGAUGCUAUUAGGCCUCAUCAUGCAGACAAUAAUCUACUUCAUCUGCAAGUCGUAUCACCACGAAAACAUCGAUAAAUCAUUGUUAGCCGAUCAUCUUGGAGGGUAUCUUGGAGAAUAUGUUCCGUUGAAGACUAAAGAUCUUCAACUGGAGCAAUAUCAAGUUUGA